AAGCGCAAUUGCAUUGUUGCGCUUGUUUUUCAUUGACAAAAACAAAAGAAUUGCGAAGUACUUUACAAUUAACGUAUUAAAGUUUGAAACCCCUGAGAGAGAUAAGAAAAAGACAGAUUAAUGGCGCUCGUGGAUCAUGACUCAUGGGACAUUGCUUAUGAGGGCUGCGAGCGGGUGUGUCAACAGAUGUUGACGCAGCUGCAGCAACAGCCACAAGCAGAGUCGGCCACUGAGACAAAAUCCAAGCUGGAACGUUUACGCAAAGAUGUAAGCCACUUGAAUAUAAUUAUUGAUCUGGGCACAGAAUUUGGCACUGAAACAAAUGCAAGCACAGAGUUCAAGUUGACGCAGCGGCGACAGAAAUGGGAGAAACUAGCAGCUCAGCUGCGCGAGCUAGAUGCGUAUUACACAAAGACAAUAACUGCAGCAAGUAGGCCCAACAAUGUUGAUGAGCUGCGCCAGCAUCAAGCGCAAAUGCUGGAGGAGCAAAAUCGUGGACUGGAGGUGCUGUCAGCGACAAUAUCACGUCAACGCAAUCUGGCCACACAGCUGGGCAAUGAGGUGGAGGAUCAGAACAACAUUCUAGACAAUCUUGCAAAUAACAUGGAUCGCGUGGAGUCAGGCGUACAGCGGGAAACGCGCAGCCUGGGCCACGUGAAUCGACGCGACAGCACUUGGGGCUAUUGGCUGGUAAUCAUACUACUUUUCGUGGCCAUACUAAUAGUUAUAUUAUUAUAACUGUUAUACAUAUAUCUAUGUGUUAUGUGUGCAAUUAAUAAAUUAUUGCAUUUUUUAUUA